CUCACUGUGACCAUACCAAAAGAAGGACGAUCGACAAACAUGGAAGUUGUGGCGGCACAACAACAAAGUAAUCGGAUGGGAUACAUCAAUCCUUUAAUUGUAAAUGGCAGAGACGUUGACCCUAUGACCUUUAGAAUGAAAUGGCAGCAGUAUUUCCCACCACGCCAAGACUGGGUAGUGUGUCGCCGGCAUCGUACUCCAGAAUCAGAUUCAGCAAGAAAUAUUAUCAAGGUAGUGAUAUCAAAUCGAAUACAAAGCUACAAAGAAAAAUAUCGUUCACAAUUCGAAAAAUCCGAAUUCCCUGCACCAGAGAAAAUAAGUACAAUGGAACAAAAAGUUCCAACCGAAUGCAGAUCAAAUGAUUCUUUUCCAGAAAUUGUGACCCUAAAAGAUAAAAAAAUAAGAUCGAGGUCAAAAAAGUCUGCCAGCAAAGGGAAAGUUAAAUUAAAAAGUGAUACAAGGUCACUGUCGAGGCAAAAAUCUGAUGUUAAAUGUAGGACUACCUGCUCGGACGCCAUAGAAAAGGAUGGAAUGAAACAAAAAAGAAAGAGAAAGAUAAAGAAAUCAGCAACAAAGAAAGGCAAACAUUCUGUAAAGAAACAUAUAUCUAAGAAAGAUAAACAUGAACUUCUUGAUAUAAAUGGCAAUUGUGGGAGAAGAGCUAUAGACAAUUUACAUAGUCGUGAAUCAAAGAGACCUAAUUUCACUACGCUACCGCGCCUUCCGAUUCCGGACACUUGGAAAUGGCAAGGCAAGCCACGGCUCGUGGAGAAAAUGACACGACUUCCUCUUCCUACGACGUGGAAGUGGUACGACAACCCAAAUCAGUUCAAGAAGCGACAGCCUUCGACACCUAGAAUAUCAUUGUCCAGCAGGCAGUCAUCUGACGUGGAAAACUUCUCAUCCAAUCAGCCAUUUAUUAAUAAUCUAAGAUUCGAACCACGGCCAUCCUCAAUAUUAUAAUACAAUUUGCCUAUCUUUUACUUUCGGAAAUCGUCGAGUAUUGAUUGGGUGGCAGAGUGAAUCAUCUGUUAACAGAUUAGUAGUAAAUGUGAGAUUUAUAUAUCAUUGAUGAAACAUGCAACACAUUGGAUAACUGGUUGGGGAAACAAUAACAUCAUAUUACAAUAAGAAAGCCUCAAGUAAUCGUUUAUUCGGAUUAUCAAUUGCAAUUCACUUUAGCGGGUGGUUAUACUGUAACUACAUGUAACUAAUAGAUGCUAACUCUGUCAAUGAGCAGCAGUCAUUUGAACAGGAUUACUGUUUAUCUUUAUGCUUGUGAGCUGUCCAAAGUAAAUAUAAUGUUGUUGUAUUUUUA